AGUUCUUUGAUGUAUUAACGAGACUUUCUUCUUUGCCAAAUUGGGGUUUUUUUUCCCCCCGAAAAUUUAUUCUUCAUCUUUAGCUACUGAUGAUGUUUUGUGAAAAGUGGUUUUGGUUUGAGCUAGAGGUGUGAUAUGUUCAUGGUGAUCUGUAGGGGCUGAAAUCAUAAGAGAUAUUUUCUUUGCUUUAUGCCGGCUCUCUCUUGGUAAGCAAGGACGGAGGCCAGUUGAAGGCUAGGGUGGGCUGUAGUGUUCGAUUCAUCUUUUAGCAUCACCAUGAGUCUGGCCUGGCUUUUGUCCUUCUGGAUUCUCUGUACCAGUUCUUUUUCACAAGGGGCUUUAAGCCCUGGUGGUACUGUGAAUGUUGGAGCUAUUUUUACAUUUAGCUCCAUCAAUGGAAGAGUCGCAAAGAUUGCCAUGGAGGCAGCUGAGGAUGAUAUCAAUUCUGAUCCAAGCCUUCUUGGAGGAAGGAAGUUGUCUAUAAAUAUGCAUGAUUCCAACUUCAGUGGAUUUCUGGGAAUCAUUGGAGCUUUGCAAUUCCUGGAGACUGAUACUGUAGCUGUUAUUGGUCCACAAACUGCUGUGAUGGCUCAUGUACUCUCACAUCUUGCUAAUGAGCUCCAUGUUCCUUUCUUGUCUUUCACUGCUCUAGACCCCACUCUUUCACCUCUCCAAUUCCCAUACUUUAUUCAAACAGCUCCCAACGAUUUGUUUCAAAUGACUGCCAUUGCAGACAUGGUUAGUUAUUAUGGUUGGUCUGAGGUUACUGCAAUUUUCAGUGAUGAUGAUCAGAACCGAAAUGGUAUAACUGUACUAGGUGAUAAACUUGCGGAAAGGCGUUGCAAAAUUUCCUAUAAAGCAGCACUUCCUCCAGAACCAAAAGCCACCCGAAGCGAUGUUCAAGAUGAGUUAGCUAAGAUUCUGCGGAUGGAAUCUCGAGUAAUUGUGUUGAAUACCUUCAGCAAAACAGGUCUCUUAGUUUUUGAUGUUGCAAAGGCCCUUGGGAUGAUGGAGAAUGGGUUUGUUUGGAUAGUUACCAGUUGGCUGUCUACUGUUAUAGAUUCAGAUUCACCUCUUCUUACCACUGCCAACUCAAUCCAGGGAGUUUUAGCACUCCGUCCACAUACACCAGAUUCAAAAAGAAAAAAGGAUUUCAUGUCACGGUGGAACCAGCUGAGUAAUGGCUCUAUUGGGCUAAAUCCUUAUGGUCUCUAUGCAUAUGAUACUGUUUGGUUACUUGCACGUGCAUUGAAAUUGUUUUUUGAUCAGGGAAACACCAUUUCUUUUACCAAUGAUUCGAGAUUAGGUGGAAUAGGAGGGGGAUAUUUGAACCUUGGUGCAUUGAGCAUAUUUGAUGGAGGAAGCCAAUUGCUUAAAAAUAUAUUGCAAACAACUAUGACAGGUCUGACAGGACCUUUUCGAUUUAAUCCAGACAGGUCCAUUUUACAUCCCUCUUAUGAUAUCAUUAAUGUAUUAGAAACUGGGUAUCAGCAGGUUGGAUACUGGUCAAACUAUUCUGGGCUAUCUGUUGUGCCCCCAGAGACACUUUAUGGAAAGGCAGCUAACCGUUCUAGUUCAAGCCAACAUUUACUGAGUGUGGUAUGGCCUGGGGGGACAACAGCUAGGCCAAGGGGCUGGGUGUUUCCAAACAAUGGAAAGGAAUUACAAAUUGGAAUCCCAGACCGAGUUAGUUAUCGGGAUUUUAUCUCAAAAGUGAAUGGCACCGACGUGGUCCAAGGAUAUUGCAUAGAUGUAUUUCUUGCUGCCAUUAAAUUGCUUCCAUAUGCUGUUCCAUACAAGUUCAUUCCAUUUGGAGAUGGUCGUAAGAAUCCGACAUACUACAAUCUUGUUUACAAGAUCACAACCAGGGUCUUCGAUGCUGUUGUCGGUGAUAUUGCUAUUGUCACCAACCGGACAAAGAUUGUUGAUUUCACUCAGCCAUACAUAGAGUCAGGGCUAGUUGUGGUGGCUCCGGUCAAGAAGCGAAAUUCAAAUGCUUGGGCAUUCUUGCGGCCUUUUAGUCCAUUGAUGUGGGCUGUCACGGCAAUGUUUUUCCUUAUUGUGGGAGCUGUUGUAUGGAUCCUUGAGCAUAGAAUUAAUGAUGAAUUCAGAGGGCCACCUAGGAAACAGCUUGUCACAAUUCUCUGGUUUAGCUUCUCCACUUUGUUUUUCUCCCACAGAGAAAAUACUGUGAGCACACUUGGUCGCCUUGUGCUGAUAAUCUGGCUUUUUGUAGUUUUGAUAAUCAACUCAAGCUAUACUGCCAGUCUGACAUCAAUUCUCACAGUGCAACAGUUAUCCUCCACCAUUAAAGGAAUUGAUUCCUUGAUAACUAGCAAUGUUCAAAUUGGAUUCCAAGUAGGAUCCUUCGCUGAAAAUUAUCUAAAUGAAGAACUCAGCAUUGCUAAAACUAGACUUGUUGCUCUUGGUUCACCAGAAGAAUAUGCGGAUGCCCUUAAAAAUGGUACUGUUGCAGCCGUGGUUGAUGAGCGACCUUAUGUAGACCUCUUCCUCUCAGAGCACUGUGAGUUCUCAAUAAUAGGUCAAGAGUUCACCAGAAGUGGUUGGGGAUUUGCAUUUCCAAGAGAUUCACCCUUGGCCAUUGAUAUGUCUAAUGCCAUUCUCCAACUAUCUGAGAACGGCGAACUUCAGAAGAUCCAUAACAAGUGGUUGCAAAGAAAGCUCUGCAGUUCCCAGGACAUUGGGUCGAGUGCAGAUCAGCUACAGUUACAAAGCUUCUGGGGGCUUUUCCUUAUUUGCGGGAUUGCAUGUAUACUUGCUCUCUUGAUCUACUUUUGCACCACAUUUCGCCAAUUCAGCCGGCACUUCCCUGAAGAAUCCGAUUCUUCUGUCCGAAGCUGCUCUCGCUCCAAACGUCUUCAAACAUUCUUAUCAUUUGCUGAUGACAAGGUGGAACAAUGGAAGAAGAGCAAGUCCAAGAGAAAAAGAGAAGAUGAAUUAUCAAAUCGGAGUGGGGAGGGAAGCAUGUCAGUUACUAGAUCUGAAAGAAUCCGAAGGGACAUUUCUCAGGAAAGAGAAAAUGGUGAUACUUGGCUGCAUUAAUUGGUCAUAUGAUAAUUUAUUUACAUGACUUUCUAUAUCUAGGUAGCCACUUAAUCCUCCAUAGUUUUGUCAAGGAGCUACUUGUUACUACAUACUCUCUCACAUGAGAUAGAUUAUAGCUUGCAGUUAUUUCAACUUGCUAAUCAAUCGUCUGUAUAUGUAAUCAAUACAAGAGCAGGCAGCUUGUGUUAUAUGAA